GAAGCCAAGACCAUCCUCGUCACCGGCGUCGGCAUGACCAAAGGCCUCGCCCUCGCCCGCCUCUUCUACGCCGCCGGCCACAACGUAAUCGGCGCCGACUUCGAGCCCGCCUUCCUCCCCACCUGCUCAGGCCGCGUAUCACGCUCCCUCACAUCCUUCCACAAACUCUCCAAACCGGACGGAAGCAGGGAGAAGCAGGCCAAGUACACGCAGGAACUCCUCAACAUCGUCCGCAAAGAAAACGUAGACAUCUGGGUCUCCUGCUCCGGUGUCGCCUCCGCCCUCGAAGACGGCCAAGCGAAAGAAAUGAUCGAGCUCGUCACCGCGUGCAAAUGCGUGCAAUUCGACGUCCCCACCACCAAGCGCCUGCACGAGAAACACUCGUUCAUCGAGUACACCAAAUCCCUCGCCCUCCCCGUCCCGGAGACGCACACUGUCACUUCCAAAGCCGCCGCGCUGCAAGUCCUGGAUGAUGCGGCGGGGACGGGGAGGAAGUAUAUCAUGAAGUACAUCGGCACUGACGAUGCGGUGAGAGGGGACAUGACGCUUUUACCGCUAAGCUCACCCGCGAGGACGAAGGCGCAUAUCUCACGUCUUGACGUUUCCGAAGAUCGGCCCUGGAUCUUGCAACAGUACGUGCGUGGUCCGGAAUUCUGCACGCAUUCUUUGGUCGUCAAGGGGGAGGUGAAAGCUUUCGUCGCUUGCCCUUCUUCGGAACUGCUGAUGCACUAUGAAGCCUUACCCUCAGACGGCGCGUUGAGCAUGAGCAUGCUCCGCUUCACGCAGGAAUACGCCGCCGCGGGCGGGAACGCGUUUACGGGACAUCUGUCUUUCGACUUCUUGGUGGAGAUGGACGAUGCGGAGCGUGCGCUUCGCGAUCCAAGUGCAAAUGUGAGGCUAUACCCUAUCGAGUGCAACCCGCGCACGCAUACGGCUGUAUGCUUGUUCAACGACACCCCGGAGAUGGUGGAUGCCUACCUCACCCUCCUCUCCCCCAAAGCCGCCUCCAUCUCCUCCUCCCCCUCCCCCACCGGAACGAACUCAACCACAGCAACGCCAAACGGUCUCGCACCCCUUCCCAUCUUCCCCAACCCACCAACGAAGAAAUACUACUGGCUCGGCCACGACCUCGUCACCUUCGUCCUCUUACUCUUACUCUCCCUCGCCUCGCUUUCACCCGACGGACCGAGUUUCAGGGAGGUGUUUGAGAGUGUGGCGACGUUUGGGGAGCAUGUUUUGUGGUGGAAGGAUGGGACGUGGGAGGUGUGGGACCCAUGGCCCGCGUGGUGGUUGUAUCAUGUUUACUGGGUUGUACAGUUUGCGGGGGCGUUGGGAGGCUUGGUGGGGGAGGUGUUGGGCUUGGGUCGCGGGGGGAAAUGGAGUCGGGUUAAUGUUAGUACGACGAAGAUGUUC